UAAUUUUACUUUUCGUUAUGUUCCUUUCUCACUUUCAAGGUGUGAACGAAGUCAUAUCAAGAACGGAUGAAGAGGACACAAUUUCACUGGAAUUUAAGACAGAGUGGGGUGUGAGAGAGAGCGAGACAUAAAUAGUGAGUCCCAGUAACUUUCCUUGGAACUGUGCUUCCCCGAAUGGAAAGAACUUUGGUGUGGACUGCUUACAGAAUUCCGGAACUGAGGCGAAAGGCUACAGCUGAAACAGAGUGGGAGUUUAUAUAAGCUGGACCGUGGGAAAAAAAAUGUCACAUUAAAAGUAUAUAAAAAUAAAUAAUUUACCGCUCCCCUUUUGGAAGUGACGGGGAAGGGCGAAGCUGUGAUUGACACAGCCAUAGGCAUAUGUAUGCACCAUUUAUCAGAAUAAGCUACCUGCACAUAAGUUUUUAUCGUUUUGUUUCUUCGCUCACCGGAGGGAGGGGCUUUUUAAAAAAAUAAGUAAAUAAAGCAAGAGGAGAAUCGCAGAAAUGUCGGGAGAGGAGCAGAGUUUAUCUGAAGUGGAGAUGAGUCCUGGAGCCUCGGACGACGGCCAUUCGCUGUCACCGGGGCACUCAUCCGGGGCCGUGGGGGGGCGGGACUCGCCUCUCGUUGGACCGCAGCUGUCUGGAAUCGGCGAGGAAGCGGGCGAAGCCGCGGGCGGGAGGGCAGUGAAGUCGGACGACGAAGACGAGCGUUUCCCCAUCGGCAUCCGCGAGGCGGUCAGCCAGGUGCUGAACGGGUACGACUGGACUCUGGUGCCCAUGCCUGUGCGCGUCAACUCCGGGAACAAGAGCAAGCCGCACGUAAAGAGGCCCAUGAACGCCUUCAUGGUGUGGGCGCAGGCCGCUCGCAGGAAGCUGGCGGACCAGUACCCUCACCUGCACAACGCUGAGCUCAGCAAAACCCUGGGCAAACUCUGGAGGCUCCUGAACGAGAACGACAAGCGGCCGUUCAUCGAGGAGGCUGAGCGGUUGCGCAAGCAGCACAAAAAGGACUACCCCGAGUACAAGUACCAGCCCCGCCGCCGCAAGAACGGCAAGCCCGGCUCGGGGUCCGAGGCCGACGGCCACUCCGAGGGGGAGGUCAGCCACAGCCAGUCGCACUUUAAGAGCCUCCACCUGGACGUGGCCCACGGACCUGGGGCCGGGUCGCCGCUGGCCGACGGGCACCACCCCCACCCGCACCCUGCAGGGCAGAGUCACAGUCCCCCGACUCCUCCCACGACCCCAAAAACCGAGCUGCAGUCUGGAAAGUCCGUGGAGGGGAAGAGAGAUGGUGGAGGGGGGUCCCGCGGAGGGCUAGUGGGUGGAGGGGAAGGGGGAUCCGGGUCCGGGACAGGAGGAAAGCCCCACAUAGAUUUUGGCAACAUGGACAUCGGCGAGAUCAGUCACGAGGUGAUGGCCAACAUGGAGCCGUUCGACGUGAACGAGUUCGACCAGUACCUGCCGCCCAACGGGCACCCCGGGGGGGCAGGAGGGGCGGGGUCCUCCGCCUCGCCCUACGCCUACGGCAUCUCCUCUGCCUUGGCGGCGGCCAGCGGACACUCCGCCACCUGGCUGUCCAAACAGCAGCCGCACCAGUCCCCCGCCCUCGCCUCCGACUCCUCAAAGGCCCAGAUCAAGAGCGAGAGCGGGGCGGGCGCAGGGGCCCAUUUCUCCGAGGCCUCCUCGGGCGGGGCCCACGUCACCUACACCCCCCUCAGCCUCCCCCAUUACGGCUCGGCCUUCCCAGCGCUGGCCUCCAGGGCCCAGUUUGAUUACGGCGAACACCAGGCCUCCAGCUCUUACUACAGCCACUCUGGCCAGCCCUCAGGCCUGUACUCCGCCUUCUCCUACAUGGGCCCCACGCAGCGGCCCCUCUAUACCGCCAUCACUGACCCCGCCAGCGUGCCACAGUCCCACAGCCCCCCCCACUGGGAACAGCCCGUCUACACCACCCUGUCCCGCCCCUGAGGGGGAUGGGGGGAGGAGGGGUGCAGGAAUGCAGGUUUCGCCUCAAUUUACAGUCCCAGAUUUUGGGGGGUAGGCUUGGGUCAUGGAACAUCAUGCCUCAAGAUGGAUGAAACUCCUGUGUCGGGAGACAGACUUAGAGGGGUUAAAAGAGGUUUACACUACAAAGCUUGAAGGGCUGUUAGGUCAAUAUGGUGCACCUGUGACCCUUUUCCAUGUGGAGCAGUCUUACCAUCCUAUGAAAACUUCUAGGCUUAAGUGGAGUACAUUUUAAAAAAUAAAAAAAAAACUUGAGCAUAAGUUUAAAUAAUUAAGACAGGAUGGUCCUCCACCACAUUUUCCAACAGGAAGAAAGGGGAAAUCACAGGAGCGAGGUUAUGAUGCUUAAAGAAAGACGCAGCAUAUCUUAGUCUGCCUACAUCUCAUGCACUGUGUGAGGCCACAUUAUUCCCAUUAUCUCUUAGUGCCACAGGUUAUGUAGGCCUACCUACAGAGUGACCCCGCCAUUAAAAAGAUAUUUAUAAAUAUGAUAUCGCCAGAACAGUUUAAGUCGUGAACACCACCAAAAAUGUGUUGAGGCCAAAAAUAAAAUAAAAAAUUGAAGACCAACAGAUAAACUCAGUUUCAGUAAAUAUAGCACAAUAUUUUUUCUGCAGAGAUUAUUUUAGCACAAGGCAGUUAGAAAUGAAAUAACCAACACAUAUUCCCCAGCAUGAACAUGACUUCAGUGUUCAGUCCUGGUUUCCUAGCAAUACGCAAUGUUUGAGGAAGGAAAUGCAAAGGUUACAAAAAUAAUUAAUAUUCUUGAUAAUUGUUAAAUAUAAAUAAUUAUUUUCUAUUAACCAAAAUGAAGGCUAUUUUUUGUUACCAUAAAACAAUAUAUCUUUAUUGUUGUCAUCAAUGUUAUUAUUACUAUUAUCCUCAUUAUCACCCUUGUCAUCUGUGUUAUGUUGUUGCCAUUAUUACACUGAAAAGCCUUGCACCACUGCCCUUUUGGAAAUAUUUUUAACUGACUUCUGAAAUGUACAUAUUUCCUGUAAAAUAUGCGUUCGCUAGCCUUUUUCCGCAGCUUUCUUGCAAACUUCAAAGAAAUGUAUUUCAAAGGUAGUACUCACAGUUGCCAGGGACAAUAUGUCCGACAAUAUGAACAGAGUGCGCAAGUGACUGAGUGAGUGAACAAGCGAAUCAGUGAGCGAAUCAGCAAGCGAGUGAAUCGGUAAACUAGUCAGCGAGUGAGUCAACGAGCGAGCGAGUCUGCAAGUCAGCAAGUGUGAGUGUGGGGCGCACAGAGAGAGAGAGAGACUGAGAUUCAGAUCAUUAAGUAUUGUUAUAAUUUAUACUAUAAAAUUCUAAAUAUCUAAAUACUCAUCCACCACUUGUGUCCAAUCGACAGAUGAACAAACUGUCCAAAUCAUAACAACAAAUCAAAGACAUGACCAUCUCUGAAAAGUAUGCCAUGGCUCUCAUUGUAACAGAUACAGUGAGAAAUACGACAACAUUGACAAGAUAUCAGUUUCAGUGCUGAGAGAGGCCUGAUAUAGGUGCCCGAUAUUGGUCAUUUUGUGUGUAGUACCAUGUGUUAACAAUUCACAUACACAUCUUCAGCAUUACAAGUCCAGUAGGAAAUACUCUCGGUAAUUAAAAUAAGUACCGUAUCGCUGAUCUGCAUGGCCAAUAGUCUACAGUCCUGCGUGCACUGGCCUUGAUGACUGGCUAAAUUAGAUUUACACAGCCAUUGAAGCACCAAUUUAACAGGCCAAAAUCCACAUUAGAAUUUUUACAUAUGUCAACAAACAGCUCGUUUUAGGGAUUGCCAAGCUUUGUUUCUUACUGUAGGUAGAAAAUACAAAGCUUAUGACAGAGAUUAUAAUGUAAUCUGUUGGGAAAUAUACUCCAUGCGACAUGCAAGGACUUGCCUGUACAUCCGUCUCGCAGAGGAAAAGCCAAGUACUGCAGGCUUCCACCAUCGCACAACAGCUCGGGAAUCGAAGCUGGGAAUGUAACCCCCCCCCCCCCCCCCCCCCCGUGCAUUCCUCUUCCAUCACUCGACAUGGCCCCCACCCCCCCACAAUGUGAAGCACACCAUUAAAUAUUAAUUAUCGUCUUAAAUGUAUGCGAUUUUAUACACAGUACACUUUUUAUAAUAAGACCCUUCCAUCAUUAUAUUAAUUUAAACAAUGUCUAUGUUACCUUGUUAAAAAUAUGCUUGCUUUCCUGUCCAGUCAUGUUUUGGAUAUACAUAUAUUUUUUUUGGCAUUGUAGUUUGCAGACGUCUUUUUUUUAUAUUGUAGUUGUGUUUCCAACUUAUAUUAUUUUAGUCAAUUUUUACAACAGAAAAUGUUAGACCUGCUACUAUUGUUAAAAUUUGUAUUGUUAAAUAUUAAAAAUACUGUAAUUAUUUAUAUUUGCUGAUACUGUGUUCUUACACUCUGUCCUCCGACAUGUUGCAAACACUUGACUGUUGUUCUUGUUGUUUUUAUUUACUUUUAUGUUUUACCAUUGUCAGCGGAACAAAACAAGCUGUAGAUAUCAGCAUGACUGAAACCCUAGUGACCUGGUGGCUGAUUAACUUCUCUCAGACUAAAUAAAUACAUAUUUCUGUUUUCACA